AUGACAGUCAAUACGGCUCUUGAUAGAAGAGGUCAUUAUGGGAUUUUGGUGCAGAAUCAAUCAGAAACGGUCUAUUUAGGAUUGCGUAAGCAUCAAUUCGGGCACCCACCCCCUCAAAAGAGGGCUAUCCUUUUGGAAGAAACUCGGAUUCAAACGCUUCAUAUCGAAAUUGAAGAUGUUGACGAGCCUCCGGCAUUUGUAAACGGUCCUGUGCCGUUCCUCGCUGUAGUGCCACUCGAAACACCUGUAGGAUUCCAUGUGUACAAGAAAUGGGACUUUUGUUUACCUCGAAUUCAAACCCUUCAUAUCGAAGUUGAAGAUGUUGACGAGCCUCCAGCAUUCGUAAACGGUCCUGUGCCAUUUCUCGCUGUUGUGCCACUUGAGACACCUGUAGGAUUCCAUGUGUACAAGGUAAGCUUUGAUCAUUAG